GGCGGCGGUGAGCGCGGGCGGUGCGCGCGCUGGGGCCUGCUCGCCAGGCGGGGCCGUGCGCGGCUUUCCUAGGAGAAGGGGAGUUGGGUUGGCCCUGGGCACAGCGCGGCUGCUGCCUGCUGGGAGGAGAAGGCCAAAACCACAUUGGGAGAGUGCACCUUUGGUCUUCCUGCUUCGCCCCGGUCCCAUCCCGGGUUCUCAGUCCUGUCUCUGGAAAUAUGUCCGAGGGAGUCGAUCUGAUUGAUAUCUACGCCGACGAAGAGUUCAAUCAGGACUCUGAGUUCAGUAAUGCUGACCAGAUGGACCUGUACGAUGACGUGCUAGCAGCCAGCUCACAGCCCACUGAAAGCCGCACCAGCAGCUCAGAGGCGCCUCCAGAGAUCCGCCAGGAGCCAUCCCCCAAGCCCAACAAUAAAUCUCCUGCCAUCCUGUAUACUUACAGCGGACUGCGCAACAAGAGGGCUGCCGUCUACGUGGGCAGCUUCUCGUGGUGGACGACUGACCAGCAGCUGAUCCAGACCAUCCGCUCAGUGGGUGUCUACGAUGUAGUGGAGCUGAAAUUUGCAGAGAACCGAGCCAAUGGCCAGUCCAAAGGGUAUGCAGAGGUGGUGGUCGCCUCUGAGAACUCAGUUCACAAGCUCCUGGAGCUGCUUCCCGGCAAAGUCCUCAAUGGGGAGAAGGUGGAGGUGAGACUGGCAACACGGCAGAACCUGUCACAGUUUGAGGCACAGGCUCGCAAACGUGUGCCGCCGAGGGCCCACUCCCGGGACUCUGUGGACUCGGUGGAUGGCCGCGCCACACCAACGGAGAAUGCCCUGCCACCCACGCGCGUGGAGAAACCCCCGUCUGUCCUGCCUUUCUUCAACCGCCCCCCAGCUGCCCUGCCCCUCAUGGGGCUGCCCCCGCCACCAAUGCCGCCCCCUCCACCCCUCUCCUCUGGCUUUGGCGUCCCCCCGCCUCCGCCUGGCAUCCACUAUCAGCAUCUCAUGCCCCCACCACCUCGAUUGCCCCCCCACUUGGCCGUGCCCCCUCCAGGGGCUGUCCCCCCUGCCUUGCACCUCAACCCUGCCUUCUUCCCCCCACCCAAUGCAGCCCUGGGUCCUCCACCAGAUACCUACAGCAAGGCCAUGGCCCCCUACAACCACAGCAGCCGAGAGCUUGGCCCACCACCUCCCCCCGUGAGCGAAGUGGAGUUUGAGGAGAUCAUGAACAGGAACCGGGCAAUUUCCAGCAGUGCCAUUUCUAAGGCAGUGUCUGGAGCCAGUGCAGGUGAUUACAGCGACGCCAUCGAGACCCUCCUCACGGCCAUCGCCGUUAUCAAGCAGUCCCGUGUUGCGAACGACGAGCGGUGCCGCGUCCUUCUCUCUUCCCUCAAAGACUGUCUGCAUGGGAUCGAAGCCAAGUCUUACAGCACAGGCGCCAGCAGCAGCUCCUCUAGGAAAAGACACCGGUCUCGGGAGCGCUCUCCCAGCCGGUCCCGUGAGAGCAGCCGGCGGCACCGGGACCUGCUCCACAGCGAGGAUCGGCACGAGGACUAUUUCCAGGAGCGGAACCGGGAGCACGAUCGACACCGGGACAGGGACAGAGAGCGGGACCGGCACCACUGAGACAGGAGUUUGGCAGUAAGUGGUUUUUAAUGGACUCGUAUCUCUUCACCUCAACCAGGACUACACAACUGAGGCCGCUCCACCCCGCCCCCUUCCCUGCCACCCCCAGCUCUCUCUGGGUGCCCAAGGAAAGCCAUGCUGUGCCCCGAUGGGACUCCCGCUGACACCUCGUGGCCUUGGGGCCUGAGCCCUUGCCCGCACACACUGCUACUUCUGCUUCCUGGGGAGAGGCUGGAAGCCGUGGAGCCAGGGAAUGCCGGGCUGCUGGGCCCAGCCACCACUCCACUCCAUGGAUACUCGGACCCAAAGAGAAAUGGUGCUUUUUUUCCAUGGAGGGAGGUUUGUGAGCCCUUUCCUCCCUAUUGCCCUGGGGUGGCUGGAAGGGGAUGGAUCCUGCUGUACGUGUGCAGCGCGGGGGCCUGGGGGCGCGCAGCUCCUGUCCUGAUGUCUGGGCUAGGCUCGCUGGAAGCAGUAUCGGGUCUUCUGCUGUGCGCCAUCUUCUCACAUUGCUAGGGUAAACUGCUGUCUUCAUUGCCCCAGCAGUCCCUGUGUGAGCCGCUCCAGCCCGUAGGAUGCCGUUCCAUGCUCGUGCUUUCCCUUCUCCAUAGGAGAGAGCAUGCAGCUGAUGCCCUCUGCCCCUCUGCUCCCUGUCGCCUUCCUCUUCACCCUCUCCAGUCUGCCUGGCUGCUCCGGGCAGCGUGCCUGGAGAAUCCCAUCCCAGAUGGGGGCUGGAGCUGGGCCGGGGGCUACCAUCUCCCUCUUUGCCCUUCCUCCUCCCCUGCCGGCUCGCAGGCGCUGGCUCACACAGCCGUGGCUCUGGCUCCUGGGUGCCCAGCAGAUGCCUCCCUGCAGUGCCUUCCUUGUUUUAGAGGAAGCAAUGGAGGCAGAGCCCUGACAAGCUGGUAGCGGGGCAGGCUAGAGCUGCCUGCCUGCCUUCCUGCCUGGCUGGCCUCAGGGGGCUGUGUCCCCCUCCUGGGUGGCGGUGGGUGCUGGCUGGUACCCGUGAUGGUUCCUUUCCCAGCUCUGUCCCUGCCUUCCCUGCUGCCCUUUGGUAACCAGGGGAAGGAGAGCUCCACCCCGAUGCAGUACAGCUGCUCUGUACAUGAUGACACCCUGGCUCUGCCUGAUGGUCGUGAGCUGGGCCAGAGGUGGCAGGGAGCCACGUUCCCCUUGACGGGGGCAUUUUGGGGCCUGACGGUGCUUGAGGGGUCUGUGCUGGGCAGAGGGCAGAGAAGCAGAGCUGCACUUCUGAGCUAGGGCAGGAGCCUCUGCAGCACUGCGGUGCUUGGGCCACAGAGUGGUGCAACCCCAGCAUGCAGUGCUUGCACCAGGGUCAGUUCUCACUGGCAGGGGCUGCACACCGGGCUCCAGGACUGAGGGCUUUGGAGGAGGGUCUAAGAGGGUGGGGGCGAGCCAAGGAUACAGGGUGACUUCCAGGGCAGGGCUGCUGGCUGUGUGGCAUCUCCCCUCUGAACUGUGGCUGGACGUGAAGAAACCUGGCUCUGGAGGUCUUUUUAGAGAGAAAUCACCAAAAAAAAAAAAAAAAAAAAGUACCAUGAGGUGCCAGCUAAGAGGGUGAGUGCCAGGGAGCACAUGGCAGAAGAGUUGUUUUUUACUUAAUUACACAAAUUUUUAGUUUCUUUCUGACUAGUGGGGAAAAGUGCAGAGCAAACCCUGAUUAACCACCCAGCGAGGUGCUGCCCCUCCUGCUCGCAGUGACUAGAUUUGUUUGUCUUUCUGAUAGGUUGGAAAUUGUGUAAUAAACUUGAUGACAUUGUCAAUCUUUUA